UCUGCCAAAGGACCCUAAACAAAUUUUCAAAUUGAAUUUUUUGGAAAAAGUGGAGAAUCUUCGGAAAGACAUUGAUAAAUGGAGAACACGUCCUCUGUCGAUGAUAGGCCGUAUAAAUGCUAUUAAAAUGGUGUCCUUACCUAAAUUUUUAUAUCUUUUUCAGGGUCUGCCUAUUUUUUUAACAAAGGCUUUUUUUUAAAUCAUUAGACUCAAUAAUCCUGCCUUUUGUUUGGGGCUUUAAAGCCCAUAGAAUAUCAAAAACUCACUUACAUAAACCAACAGAGAUGGGAGGAUUGGGAUUACCCUGUUUUCAGCAUUAUUACUGGGCAGCGAAUGCAAGAGCCCUGGUAUACUGGCAGGAAGGUGAUGCUCAAGAAUUGUCUGCAAAUUCCCCCCCAUGGGUGGCUAUUGAAAGAAGUGGUGUUACUGACAGCUCUCUUCCGGCUCUUCUCUUCGCAGCACCGAUAUCUCCUGCAAUUAGUGGGGUAAAUAAUUUGAUCGUUUUAAAUUCUUUGAAAAUAUGGAAACAAAUUAAGUUGCACUGUAAGUUACCGGAGACCUCAGUUCAUGCCCCAGUUUACUGUAACCAUGCUUUUCCCCCAUCACUAUCGGAUACGUCCUUUAAAAAUUGGAGAUUGAAAGGCCUUAAUACUUUGAAAAACUUGUACAUUAACAAAAAGUUUGCUUCAUUUGCUAUGCUGAAGAGCUAUUUUUCUCUUCCGGAUACGGAUUUCUUCAGAUAUUUGCAAGUUAGAAACUAUGUUCGAACUAAUAUUCCGAAUUUCAUAUCUCUCAUGGAAGAAAAUAAAUUAUGCAAAAUUCUGCUGGGCUCUCCAGGAUCGAAAAAGUUAAUUACGAGUUUUGUUGACGUCUUUGCAGAGCGAAUUAACUUUACCACAGACUCCUUGAGGUCUGCAUGGGAGGGGGAGCUGGGUUUGCGGAUCGGGAGUGAGGUCUGGGAGGAGGGUCUUGGGAGGAUUCGGACGUGCUCUAUCAAUGUUUAUGGAUGCGCGUUGGUUCCUGACCCCCAGAUUGCAUUGUUUGGACACUCUCCUUCUUUGAGGAACUGCAGCAUUUCUAUGCAAACGACGGUGGUGUAUGGAAUGGUAAUAGCCAAAAAAGUAAUAUUGAGACUUUGGAAAACUGACAAGGUUCCUCAGUUUAAAAUGUGGUUGAGCAACUUUACUGAGAUUAUCCAUUUGGAGAAGCUACGAUAUGUUGUGGGUUUUUCUAAUAAGUUCUGUAGUAUCUGGCAGCCGGUUUUGGACUAUCUUUCUCGAUCCAAGGUCGACCCCAACACUCGCUCAGUUUCAUAGUAUGCCACCUAUGCCCUUACGGACAGAUAACACCAUCCUUAAGCAGAAAUUGUACUCAAUGCAGUGUAAUCAACUCUUUGGAUAAUUUUCCUGACUUGUUAUUAUAAAUUUUUCUUUCUUUUUUUUGGUUAUUGUACGUCUUUAUUUUUAUUACUGGAUUGAUAAGAGUAUACUGCUUUCAUACAGGAUUUUGUUGCAUACAUGCAUGUGUAUGUAAGUCUCCGCGAAUAUGUGUAUAUGUACAGUAUAUACAGUAUAUAUGCUUCAUACUCUCAUGUAUGAUUUAUGUAUGUUGUAUU